GAUCCCGGGAGCGGGCGCUCGGAGGGCACGGGCGCUCUGCGACUCCGGGCAGCGCCCUCGGGGCACCAUGCGCCGGAACCUGCGCACCGCCCUCGUUUUUGGCUGCUUCGUCUCCGUGCUCGGCGCUGCCUUCUACCCUAUUUACUUCCGGCCCCUAGUGCGGCCAGAGGAGUACAAGAAGGAGCAAGCCAUCAACCGGGCUGGUGUCGUUCAAGCCGAUGUGCAGCCACCAGGUGAGCUUGCUGGUGUGUGUGUAUGUGUGUGUAGGGGGUGGGAGUGUGCAUGCAUGUGCAUUCGCGUUUGCUACAGUGAUUGCAAACACGCUAAAAGCUACACCGUAGAGUCUGGCCUUACUCCCUCUCUCACCAGGUCCCACUCUGUUGGGGCUGCCCCAAGCCUUUGGUUUCCGUAUUUCCCUCCAGACUAGGCGGCAAGCAUGCCACAUUCUUCCUCUGCAUGUGUGAAGUGGGCAUACACACCUAACAAGUGUGCAAUUAAAGACAAAGCGUGAAUAGCUCUUUAGCAGGCUGGGUUGCAGAACACCUAGUCUGGCGCUCCCUCCUGAGAAAACCCUGUUGACCUGUGAGCUCUUUGCACU